GGAGAAAGGUCGAGAAAGAAGAGAGGCAGGAGGAGAGACUAUCGCGGGACAAGGGGGGAGGUGGGAACCACUUUUCCCAUCAGGGGUAUUUGCCGUGCCCCGUGCCCGACCCCCUGAUCCGGUGCUUGUUGUCUUUGGAAGCUCUGGGUGCCCCUCUGUACCACUAGGGGACUCCCUCCUUUUCCUCGCGUUUGCGAGACCUUGUCUCCUGAGGGGAGGAAGGGGCUUCUCAGGAAAGGGUUCCUGGCCCUCACCCCAGUGCCCAGGAGCCCGAGAAGUAGAAGACUAGUCCUCUAGGUUCCAACCUUGGCUCAGCCAUCAACGAACUACCAACUCUGUGACCUUGGACAAGUCACUACCUUCGUAGGGCCUUGGAUUUCAUAUGGACUUAAAUUUGAAAAAGGAAAAUUGAUGCAAAUGAUAUUCUAGGUGUCUUCCAGCCUCAAAAUGGGGCGUUUUUUGAAGAGAAAAUUAUGGCGAAUGGUUCCACGAUCUUGGGAAGCCUGAAGAUGCAAGGCCUUUAGCCGGGCUGGAGAGAAUCCCCAGGGAUGUGGGGGAGGGGAGGCAGCCUGCAUUGCCGAGGCCAGCUCUCAGCAUCCUGUGGGAGGGACGGGAGAAGUCUGUAAGUAGACGUGAGCCUUGACUCAAGAAAGAUGAGGACCAGAAGUAACGUUCUGCCCCUUAGAGAGCAAAGAAGUGAUGGGCGGUGGAAGAUCCUAGAAGCAAUGGGAAGAUACUUUCUGAAAAGUCCCCAGGCCCUUUGGGAAUAAGAGGACUAGUGGCGCCUGGUAUAGGAGCAUGGGGACUAGGAAGAUUUGGGGAACGGGAAGGGAGAGGCAGGUGGUUGGGGGGCAGCUGAAGAGCGUUAGCAGGUAGAUAGGCCUCAUAGUAGUCAGCUGUUCUCUCUCGGUGCUUGGAAAGGAAUCCAGGGCCUUGUGCGUGCUAGGCAAGCAAUUCAUCACAGCCUUGUCCCUCAGCUGUGCCUUUUUGAUGAUGGCUACCUCCUGAGAGGUGUGCUUUCUGGCCUUUGUUUCCCAGCAUAUCCCUUCAGGGAAUGGGAGUGAGGCAGAGCGGGCCAACCUUGGGAUCUUAUGGCUCCCUGAGCAUUUCAAGACUCUGUGAGGCUUAGGGGUGAAAACAAAACGGGAAUGCAGCUAAGUGUAAGAAGUACCAUCUGUGGCUUCCUUGCUGGCAGGCAGCUUUGUGGAGUGGUUGAAAGCCCAGGCUCUGGGGUCAGACUGCUUGGACUCCAAACCUGCCUCUGCCAUUUAAUCUCUUGGAACCUUGGUCAAUCGGUUCCCGAUUCUGGUCCCCGGCCCCCAGCAGCGCCUGCCCCCUUCCCACCGGGGCCCCCCAUGAUGCCACCACCCUUCAUGCCCCCUCCAGGGAUCCCCCCACCCUUUCCUCCGAUGGGGCUCCCCCCAAUGAGUCAGAGACCACCAGCCAUCCCCCCCAUGCCGCCUGGCAUCCUGCCCCCAAUGCUUCCACCAAUGGGGGCGCCACCACCACUCACACAGAUCCCAGGAAUGGUACCGCCGAUGAUGCCAGGAAUGCUGAUGCCAGCAGUGCCUGUUACAGCAGCGACGGCUCCGGGUGCGGACACCGCCAGCUCUGCUGUGGCUGGGACAGGUCCUCCGAGGGCCCUAUGGAGUGAGCAUGUGGCCCCUGAUGGGCGCAUCUACUACUACAAUGCUGACGACAAGCAGUCCGUGUGGGAGAAGCCCAGCGUGCUCAAGUCCAAGGCGGAGCUGCUGCUUUCCCAAAGUCCCUGGAAAGAGUACAAGUCAGACACAGGCAAACCUUACUACUAUAACAACCAGAAUCAGGAAUCCCGCUGGACCCGGCCACAGGAUCUGGAUGACCUGGAGGCUGUAGUCAAACAAGAGGCUGCAGGGAAACAGCAGCCUCAGGCACUACAGCCACAGCCUCCUCAGCCACAGCCUGAUCCUCCACCUGUACCUCCUGGCCCUACCCCAGGAACCACAGGCCUCCUGGAACCUGAGCUAGAUGGAAGUGAAGAUUGUGAUGUGUCAGAGGCUGCCCAGCCUCUAGAGCAGGGUUUCCUGCAGCAGGUGGAGGAGGGCCCCAGCAGUUCUGCUGGACAACAUCAGCUACCACAGCAGGAGGAGGAGGAAUCCAAGCCAGAACCAGAGAGGUCUGGUCUCAGCUGGAGCAACCGAGAGAAGGCCAAGCAGGCAUUCAAGGAGCUGCUGAGGGACAAGGCUGUCCCCUCCAAUGCCUCAUGGGAACAGGCCAUGAAGAUGGUGGUCACCGACCCUCGUUACAGUGCCUUGCCCAAACUCAGUGAGAAAAAGCAAGCAUUCAAUGCCUACAAGGCACAGCGGGAGAAGGAGGAGAAGGAGGAGGCCCGGCUGAGGGCCAAGGAAGCCAAGCAGACCCUGCAGCAUUUCCUGGAGCAGCAUGAACGCAUGACCUCCACCACCCGCUACCGGCGGGCAGAACAGACCUUUGGGGAGCUGGAGGUCUGGGCUGUGGUCCCAGAGAGGGACCGAAAAGAGGUUUAUGAUGAUGUCCUCUUCUUCCUGGCCAAGAAGGAGAAGGAACAGGCCAAGCAGCUUCGGCGCCGUAAUAUCCAGGCCCUGAAGAGCAUCCUGGAUGGGAUGAGUAGUGUUAACUUCCAAACUACAUGGUCCCAGGCCCAGCAGUAUCUCAUGGAUAACCCCAGCUUUGCUCAAGAUCAUCAGCUGCAGAACAUGGACAAGGAGGAUGCUCUGAUCUGCUUUGAGGAGCACAUCCGAGCUUUGGAGAGGGAGGAGGAGGAAGAGCGAGAACGGGCCCGGCUUCGGGAGCGUCGUCAGCAACGCAAGAACCGGGAGGCCUUCCAGACCUUCCUGGAUGAGCUCCAUGAGACAGGGCAGCUGCACUCCAUGUCCACCUGGAUGGAGCUGUACCCAGCAGUCAGUACUGACGUCCGGUUUGCCAACAUGCUGGGCCAGCCGGGCUCCACCCCUCUGGACUUGUUCAAGUUCUAUGUGGAGGAGUUGAAGGCUCGAUUCCAUGAUGAAAAGAAGAUCAUAAAGGACAUUCUAAAGGACCGGGGUUUCUGUGUGGAGGUGAACACAGCCUUUGAGGACUUCGCCCACGUUAUAAGCUUUGACAAGAGGGCUGCUGCGCUGGACGCAGGCAACAUCAAGCUGACCUUCAAUAGUCUGCUGGAGAAAGCAGAGGCACGGGAGAGGGAGCGAGAAAAGGAGGAGGCACGAAGGAUGCGUCGCAGAGAAGCUGCCUUUCGAAGCAUGCUGCGGCAGGCCGUGCCUGCUCUGGAGCUGGGCACUGCGUGGGAAGAGGUCCGUGAGCGCUUUGUGUGUGACUCAGCCUUUGAGCAGAUCACCUUGGAGUCGGAGCGGAUCCGGCUCUUCCGGGAGUUCCUGCAGGUGUUGGAGCAGACCGAAUGCCAGCACCUCCACACCAAAGGCCGAAGGCAUGGCAGGAAGGGCAAGAAGCACCAUCACAAGCGUUCCCACUCACCUUCAGGCUCCGAGUCAGAAGAGGAGGAGCUGCCCCGACCAUCCCUGCGGCCCCCUAAGCGAAAGAGGCGGAACCCCUCAGAGUCUGGCUCUGAGCCCUCAUCUUCACUUGAUUCAGUUGAAAGUGGGGGUGCUGCCCUUGGCGGACGGGGCUCUCCACCCUCCCACCUUCUUGCAUCAGAUCAUGGCCUUCGGAAAGCCAAGAAACCAAAAAAGAAAACUAAGAAAAGAAGACACAAGUCGAACAGUCCUGAGAGUGAAACUGACCCUGAGGAGAGAGCUGCCAAGGAGAGUGAAGAGAAAGAACAAGAACAGGACAAGGAACAUCGGCAGGUGGAGCUUCCUAACCGCUCCCCAGGCUUUGGAGGCAAGAAGGAGAAGACAGGCUGGGACACAUCAGAAAGCGAGCUGAGUGAGGGAGAGCUGGAGAGGCGGCGGCGGACGCUUCUACAGCAGCUGGAUGACCACCAGUGACCCAACAAGCUGUUCUCUGCCUUGGACCCGGCCUGUGUAAGGCAGCGGCUCCUGGGCCACCCUCACUGUGCCUCAGACUCCUUUCUUCAUCUGGUCUGUGUCCACUUUUCCUAAAGUAACUUCACCCCCACACACCACUGUGGCACCUCUCAAGGUUUGCUUUGGUGUUCAAGGGUCCCUCACUUCCUGGACUAGUACAGUCCUUCCCUCAGCCCCAGACCACAGACGGGGGUCUGUGUCAUGUGGGGUGACGCGAUGCCAGUAGGUACAGUGUGAGUGCAGGGGUCUCCAGGGAAGAGACGGGCUAGGUGGUAGAGGGCAGGGUCCUCUUCCUCUAGCGUCAGUGCCUGCUCCUGCCUGCCCCAGGGCUCCACCACUGCUUCCUCCAGCCCUGGGACCCGAUGUAUGUGUUCUUUGUUUUA